CUGAUCAAUCAUUUUCUGGCCGAGCGCUACGCCUCCUUCAUCCUCCACGCACCACCACAGCCGCCUCUAUCCGUGCAUUGCUUCGUCGUCACUCGAAGCGAUUCGCAUUUCUGCCGCGAUUUCCAGUUGAGAUUAUUGUUUCUGGAAGUGUUAUUCGACUCUUAUCAGGGCAUCGGGAUGAUGAGACUGAGAGCUGGCCAAUGUUUUUUGACGAUGUUAUUGUGUUGCCUCACUCUCCUUGCAGCUGCACAAAUUACUGAUCCUUCUGAAGUUUCAGCAUUGGGGGCUAUCAAGAACAGUUUAGUUGAUCCUAUGAAGCAUCUCAAGAAUUGGAAUGAAGGGGAUCCAUGUACAUCCAACUGGACUGGAGUUUUAUGCUUUGAUAAACUUGGGAAUGACAGUUACUUGCAUGUCCAACAGAUCCUGCUGUUGGAUAUGAAGCUAUCUGGGACCUUAACACCUGAACUUGGCCAACUUUCUCAACUUCGAAUAUUAGAUUUCAUGUGGAAUAACAUCAGUGGCAGCAUACCGAAGGAGGUUGGGAAUAUUGCAUCUUUAGAACUUUUCCUUUUGAAUGGAAAUAGGUUAUCAGGCUCGUUACCCAGUGAGCUUGGUUAUCUUUCUAAUUUGGAUAGAUUCCAAAUAGAUGAGAACCUGAUAUCAGGACCAAUACCAGAAUCGUUUUCAAAUUUGAACAGGGUUAAACAUAUCCACUUUAACAAUAACUCACUCAGUGGUCAUAUUCCUCCUCAGCUUUCCAACUUAUCUAAUCUUGUUCACUUGCUGUUGGAUAAUAACAACUUAAGCGGAAAUCUUCCACCAGAGCUUUCUAACAUUCCAAAUUUGCGUAUACUUCAACUUGAUAACAACAAUUUCAAUGAGGCUGAGAUUCCUGCUUCUUUUGGAAACAUGUCCAAACUACUGAAAUUAAGUCUCCGAAAUUGUAGCUUGCAUGGAGCUGUACCCGAUCUAAGUGGGAUUCCUAGGCUUCACUAUUUAGAUCUCAGUAUGAAUCAUCUCACUGGAUCGAUACCAUCAAAUCAGCUUCCCAAAAAUAUGACAACAAUUGACCUGUCAGAUAAUCAACUUACUGGAUCUAUUCCAGAAGGUUUCUCAGAUCUUCCUUUCCUACAGAAACUGUCACUUGAGAAUAAUCUUUUGACAGGUUCUAUCCAUGCUAAAAUUUGGCAGGAUGUAGGCAUUGGAGCAAAAACUAGACUUUUACUUGAUCUUCGGAAGAAUUCAAUUUCAAACAUUUUAGGAGAUCUCAAUCCUCCACCAAAUGUUACACUUAGGUUACAAGGCAAUCCUAUUUGCAGUAAUGCCACCAUACAAAAUAUAGACCGGUUCUGUGAACAUGAAGCAGGCGGUGAUAAUACUGUUGAAGAUUUGGAAAAUUCAACUGUCACUUGUCCUGUCCAAUUAUGUCAUCUUGACAACAACUUUGAAUAUGUACCAUCAUCUCCACUUCCAUGCUACUGUGCAUCACCUCUUAGAAUUGGGUAUCGGUUGAAGAGUCCUAGUUUCUAUUAUUUCCUUCCGUAUGUUAAUGAAUUUGAGAACUACUUGACAAGGUCUCUUAACUUGCACCGUUACCAACUAUCUAUCGAAUCUAUUGGCUGGGAAGGCCCUCGUCUGAGGAUGUAUUUGAAGCUUUUUCCUGCGGUUGGUGACACCAAAACUUUCAACGAAAGUGAAAUUCUGAGAAUUAGAGGCAGAUUCACGUCAUGGCAAUUUAAUGGUAUUGACUUGUUUGGACCUUAUGAGCUUCUCAACUUUACUCUUCUGGGGCCAUAUUCAGACGUCAAUUUGAGGAAUACAGGGGGAAGUAUAAGCAAGGGCAUGUUGAUAGCAACUGUUUUAGCUGCUGUUGCUUCUUCUGUUACAAUAUCUGCAAUAGUUGCAUUUUUCAUUGCUAGAAGACAUGCUAGAAACAAGCAUAUCAUGCCAAGAAAGCGCCUUUCCUCAAAGCAUUCUAUAAAAAUUGAUGGUGUUAAAAGCUUUACUUUUAAUGAAAUGGCAUUGGCAACUGAAGAUUUCAGUAGCUCAACACAAGUUGGCCAAGGAGGUUAUGGUAAUGUUUAUAGAGGAAUUUUAUCUGAUAACACAGUUGUGGCCAUAAAGCGUGCAAAAGAAGGAUCUUUGCAAGGUAACAAGGAGUUCUUGACAGAGAUAGAAAUGUUGUCGAGGUUACAUCAUCGAAAUCUAGUUUCAUUGGUUGGAUACUGUGAUGAAGAAGGUGAGCAGAUGGUGGUUUAUGAGUUCAUGCCUAAUGGCACUCUGCAAGACUGGCUUUCCGCUAAAUCAAAGGAAUGUUUGAAUUUUGGUAUGAGAUUACGAAUUGCACUAGGCUCUGCCAAAGGCAUCCUUUACCUCCAUACUGACGCUCAUCCACCUAUAUUUCACCGAGAUAUCAAGGCCAGCAACAUAUUGCUGGACUCCAAACUUACUGCUAAAGUGUCUGAUUUUGGGCUUUCACGACUUGCACCUGUUCUCGAUGAUGAAGGGACUGUGCCAGGUCAUGUGUCCACAGUUGUGAAAGGAACUCCGGGUUACCUUGAUCCUGAAUAUCUCCUGACGCAUAUGCUGACAGACAAAAGUGAUGUUUAUAGCCUCGGUGUUGUAUUUCUAGAGAUCUUGACAGGAAUGCAACCAAUAUCACAUGGCAAAAAUAUUGUCCGCGAGGUGAUUUUGGCUCAUCGGUCAGGCACAAUGUUCUCCAUUAUAGACAGCAGAAUGGGUUCUUACCCUUCUGAAUGUGUCGAGAGAUUUGUAGAUUUAGCAAUCAGGUGUUGCGAGGACGAGCCGGAAAGACGGCCUUCCAUGUUGGACGUUGUGAGAGAGCUGGAGAACAUAAUCCGAAUGAUGCCACAAAGCGAAAUUUACUCGUCAGAAUCCACAUCUCAAUAUUUUGGUGAAUCAAGCACUUCGUCUUUGCUGACCUCUGCAAGCAGGGACCCUUAUAUAUCGUCAAGCGCAUCAGGAAAUGAUCUUACCAGCAGCGUCAUUCCCUCCCUCACCCCUCGCUGACAUCAGCCCCCCGCUUUGAUAAAGGUACCAUCAAAACAUGUACAAAGGGUUGCAAAUCAACUCUUUUUACCCCCUUUAGAAAGAAUACUACAAGGUCUUGUCCAAAUAUGUACAUUAACUGGGUUGGGUUGAUUUCACCGCUGAUAGAAUCAUACGAUUCACUAUUCGAAUUUAUAGGGUGAAUCGAAAAUCUCUUAGAAUCAAUCAUGAAUUGUACAAUUCAUUCGAUUUGUGCAACUUUAUCUGCAUGUGUACUUUAAUUAAUUAUUCCUCCGAUUUA